UCAGAGGUUGCUCCCUGGAGCCGGAAGCUGGAGGAGACUUGCGUUGCGCUCGGGGAGCUGGGAUCGUGGUGGGCGCAAUGCGGCUGGGCUCUGGGACCUUCGCUGCCUGCUGCGUAGUGGUCGAGGUGCUCGGGGUCGUGCUCUUCCUUCGGGGAUUCUUCCCGGCUCCCGUUCGGUCCUUUUCCGGGACGAAGCACCAAGCAGAGCCCCCAGCGCCCGAACCCUCGGCUGGAUCCACUUCCAACUGGACCAAGCUCCCGCCACCUCUCUUCAGUAAAGUUGUUAUUAUGCUGAUAGACGCCUUGAGAGAUGAUUUUGUAUUUGGCUCAAAGGGUGUGAAAUUUAUGCCCUACACAACUUAUCUCGUGGAAAAAGGAGCAUCUCACAGUUUUGUGGCUGAAGCAAAGCCACCUACUGUUACUAUGCCUCGAAUCAAGGCGUUGAUGACAGGGAGCCUCCCCGGCUUCAUCGAUGUUGUUAGGAACCUCAAUUCUCCUGCACUGCUGGAAGACAACGUGAUCGCACAGGCAAAAGCAGCUGGGAAAAGAAUCAUCUUUUAUGGAGAUGAAACAUGGAUGAAGUUAUUUCCUAAGCAUUUUGUGGAGUAUGAUGGAACAACCUCAUAUUUUGUGUCGGAUUAUACAGAGGUGGAUGAGAAUGUUACAAGGCAUUUGGAUAAAGCAUUAAAAAGAGGGGAUUGGGAUGUGCUAAUCCUCCACUACCUCGGGCUGGACCACAUCGGCCACGUUUCCGGGCCCAGCAGCCCCCUGAUCGGGCGCAAGCUCAACGAGAUGGACAGCAUCCUGAUGAAGAUCCACACCUCGCUGCUGUCAGAGGAGAGAGAGACUCUUUUACCCAAUUUGCUGGUUCUUUGUGGGGAUCACGGCAUGUCUGAAACAGGAAGUCAUGGGGCCUCUUCCAUGGAGGAGGUGAACACCCCUCUGAUCUUAAUCAGUUCUGCAUUUGAAAGGAAACCUGGUGAUGUCAGACGUCCAGAGCACGUCCAGCAGACUGACUUGGCUGCAACACUGGCAAUAGGGCUUGGUCUGCCAAUUCCAAAAAACAGUGUAGGCAGUCUCUUAUUCCCAGCCAUAGAAGGGAAACCAAUGCGAGAACAACUGAGGUUUUUACAUUUAAAUACAGUACAGCUUGCCAAAUUGUUGCAAGAGACUGUACCAUCAUAUAAAAAAGAGCCUGGAUUUGAGCAGUUUAAAAUCUCAGAGAGGUUGCAUGGGAACUGGAUCAGACUGUACUUGGAGGAAAAUAACUCAGAAGUCCUUUUCAACCUGGGAACCAAGGUUCGCAAGCAGUACUUGGAUGCCCUGAAGACCCUGAGCCUGUCCCUGAGCAGACAAGUGGCCCAGUAUGAUGUCUACUCGAUGGCGGUGGGGACCAUCGUGGUUUUGGAGGUUCUCACCCUGCUCCUGCUCAGCACCCCGCAAGCACUGAGCAACAAGGCUGAGCUGGAGGUUCCCCUGUUGUCACCUGUGUUUUCUCUGCUCUUCUAUUUGACAUUCCUGGUUCUUUCGGCCAUUCAUGUCAUCAUGUGCACCUCAGCCGAGAGUUCGUGCUAUUUCUGUAGCCUCUCGUGGCUGACGGCAGGUGGAGUGAUGAUGCUGAUUUCUGCACUGCUCUGCGCUGUCGUAUCUGCUCUUACCAAGGUGUUUGUUGAUGGAAAGCUUCUGAGUAAGAAUGCAGCUCAUUCCAAUGCACGGUGGUCGGAGUUAGAUCUUCUUAUCUUGUUGGGGACCGUGGGCCACGUCCUGAGUCUGGGUGCGAGCAGCUUCAUUGAGGAGGAGCACCAGACCUGGUACUUCCUCGUCAGCACCCUGUGUCUGGCUCUGUGUCACGACAUCUACAGAAACUGCCUUCUGGGAGACGACUGUGAGCUUCAGCGCAGCCUCCACAUGGAGGAAUGCUUUGGCAGUGCCACACCAGCUUUGCAGGACAAGAACGCCGGCUCUGCCGUGCUGGAGCUCAACAGAGGGUGCAAGGGCCACCCUUCCCUGGACGCGCUCAGAGGCUGUGAGAAGUGGAUGGUGCUGGCAAGCCCGUGGGUGAUACUCAUCUGCUGCCGGCUGUUGCGGUCUCUAAACCAGACGGGUGUGCAGUGGGCCCACCGGCCUGACCUGGGGCACUGGCUUGCCAGCUCUGAUCAUAAAACUGCACUCUCUGUUCUGGCUGCCCUCUCCCUUGUCGUGAUUUUCACAUUGGUUCAGAGGAGGUGCUCCCUGGCAUCGAAAGUCGCCAUGGCGCUCGGCCUGCUGGGCGUCUAUUGCUACAGGGCGGCCAUUGGAAAUGUGCUGUUUCCCUGGCAACAAGACAACAAAGACAUUUCAAAGGGUAUUAUUGAAGCUCGUUUUGUUUAUGUCUUUGUCCUUGGCAUUCUGUUCACGGGCACCAAAGACUUGCUUAAAUCUCAAGUCAUUGCUGCAGACUUCACAGUCAAGACUGUGGGUUUGUGGGAGAUAUAUAGUGGACUAGUUCUUCUGGCAGCAUUGCUCUCGAGACCACAUAAUCUUCCCGUCUUAGUGCUGAGCCUCUUGAUUCAGACUCUAAUGGCUAAGUUCGUCUGGAAACCCCUGAGGCAUGACGCAGCCGAGAUCACUGUAAUGCAUUAUUGGUUCGGUCAAGCGUUCUUCUAUUUUCAGGGGAACUCCAACAACAUCGCCACGGUGGACAUCUCGGCGGGCUUUGUGGGCCUGGACGCCUACGUGGAGAUCCCAGCCAUGUUCCUGACGGCAUUUGCGACGUAUGCAGAGCCUGUGCUCUGGGCCAGCCACUUAGUGAGCUUCCUGAGCUCAGAAGCCAGCAGUGGUUCAGCACUGAGUCACGCUUGCCUCUGCUACGCACUGAUUCGUUCUUUUCCAGUCUCCGCAUAUAUCAUUUUGGUGACAUCCCUGCGGUAUCAUUUAUUUAUAUGGAGUGUGUUUUCUCCAAAACUUCUCUAUGAGGGAAUGCAUCUGCUCAUCACAGCUGCUGUCUGCGUGUUCUUCACAGCCAUGGAUCAGACCAACACAAAGUCUUAAGCUAUGCUAUUAAGACACUGGAAAAAUAAUGUAUUUUUAAAGUCUACUGUUUACUUCAAAGAUUUAAAUGCAAGAUCAUUCUACAAAAAAAGAUGUGAAUUCUACCAGGUUGAUGAAUAGCUUCAAUUUCUUUGACUACUGUACUUGAAUUUAGAUUAAAUAGUAAGUAGUUUAAUAAAAGAUCACUUUAAAAUA